UGAGUUAAGGUGGACUGGGAGAGAUAGGGGCAGGAGAAACGGGGGGAGAGAGGGACCGCGGCAGGUGAAGGGAGACAGAGAGAAGGAAAGAAGGAGGGAAAGGAGGAGGGUGGAAAAGGCUAGGAGAGCUAAGUAAGAGUUUGGAGGAAGGGGGCAAAAAAGGAGGGAGGGACCCAUCUGCGCUCUGCAGGGACUGGCUGGACGAAGGGGUUGAAGUUUAUGUCCUUAUUGGGCGGAGGGAGGGGGACCUGGGGGGGCGGGUGAAAAACCAGGAAGUGACAGAGGGUGUUGCUAAGUGUUGGGGGGGGAGUUUGGGGGGUGGCAGGGGCGGGGGGAGGGAGGGGAGGGAUGGGGGGAAAGCAAGCAGGAGGACAGGUGAGACAGCAGGACAGGACCGGAGCAGGGCCCCAAGCCCCCGGGCCUGGUGGGGGACGCGCUUCUUCCCACACCCUGAGCCUCAGCAGCUCCAGCCAGCGGACCCGACGGCUGAGAGGAGCCCCAGAACCAGGACUGGGGGAUUUGGAGCUGGGCAGAGACUUAACCCCCACAGCACCGGGAAGCAGCCAACUCCCCUCGCCUCCUUCCCCCUUCGUGGCUUGCGGUCUCUCUUCCCCGCCUCGGCCCCCAGGAAGUGAGAAGAUGGGGAGCCCCGAGGAUGACCUGAUUGGGAUUCCAUUCCCGGACCACAGCAGUGAGCUCCUGAGCUGCCUCAAUGAGCAGCGCCAGCUGGGCCACCUAUGUGACCUCACCAUCCGGACGCAGGGCCUUGAAUACCGCACCCACAGGGCUGUGCUAGCUGCCUGUAGCCACUACUUCAAGAAGCUAUUCACUGAGGGCGGUGGCGGAGCUGUCAUGGGGGCCGGGGGCAGCGGGACAGCCACUGGGGGAGCAGGAGCAGGCGUGUGUGAGCUGGACUUUGUAGGGCCAGAGGCACUAGGCGCCCUCCUUGAAUUUGCCUAUACAGCCACACUGACCACCAGCAGCGCCAACAUGCCAGCUGUGCUCCAGGCUGCCCGCCUGCUGGAGAUCCCGUGUGUCAUCGCUGCUUGCAUGGAGAUUCUGCAGGGCAGUGGGCUAGAAGCUCCCAGCCCAGACGAGGAUGACUGUGAGCGAGCCCGCCAGUAUCUGCAGGCCUUUGCCACAGCCACAGCCUCUGGAGUUCCCAAUGGUGAAGACAGUCCUCCACAGGUGCCCCUCCCACCACCUCCACCACCGCCACCUCGGCCUGUUGCCCGCCGCAGCCGCAAGCCCCGGAAAGCUUUCCUGCAAACCAAGGGGGCCAGAGCAAACCACCUAGUCCCUGAGGUGCCCGCAGUACCUGCCCAUCCCUUGACCUAUGAGGAGGAGGAGGUGGUGGGUAGAGUGGGCAGCAGUGGGGGCAGUGGGCUGGGGGACAGCUACAGCCCUCCCACAGGAACCGCCUCCCCUCCUGAGGGGCCCCAGAGCUACGAACCCUAUGAGGGUGAGGAAGAAGAAGAGGAGCUGGUAUAUCCCCCAGCCUAUGGGCUGGCGCAGGGUGGCGGGCCCCCGCUGUCCCCAGAGGAGCUGGGCUCAGAUGAGGAUGCCAUCGAUCCUGACCUGAUGGCCUACCUAAGCUCCCUGCACCAGGACAACCUGGCACCAGGCCUGGAUGGCCAAGACAAGCUGGUGCGCAAACGCCGCUCCCAGAUGCCUCAGGAGUGUCCUGUCUGCCACAAGAUCAUCCAUGGGGCGGGCAAACUGCCUCGCCACAUGAGGACCCACACAGGCGAGAAGCCCUUUGCCUGCGAGGUCUGCGGUGUUCGAUUCACCCGGAACGACAAGCUGAAGAUCCACAUGCGGAAGCACACGGGAGAGCGCCCCUACUCGUGCCCGCACUGCCCAGCCCGCUUCCUGCACAGCUACGACCUCAAGAACCACAUGCACCUGCAUACGGGGGACCGGCCCUAUGAGUGCCACCUGUGCCACAAGGCUUUCGCCAAGGAGGACCACCUGCAGCGCCACCUCAAAGGCCAGAACUGCCUGGAGGUGCGCACCCGACGGCGCCGCAAGGACGAUGCACCACCCCACUACCCGCCACCCUCUACGGCUGCUGCAUCCCCCGCUGGCCUCGACCUCUCCAAUGGCCACCUGGACACCUUCCGCCUCUCUCUAGCUCGAUUCUGGGAGCAGUCAGCCCCCACCGGGCCCCCGGUCUCUACCCCGGGGCCCCCUGAUGACGAUGAGGAGGAAGGGGCACCCACCACACCCCAGGCUGAAGGUGCUAUGGAGUCCUCUUAAAGAGGGACGAGGGCCAGGCGGAAGCAGCACAAGGCCGGGGACACCCAUGCCAAGCAGUGGGAGCACGCAGGACAGACACAGCAGGGGUCUGGGGCACGGAGCCUUGCUGGUGUCAGCAUCAGCCCUUCCUCCCAGAGCCCUCAUUCCAAUUCCGAGCUAAGAAGGUAUUGGGGCAGAGGCUCCCCAAAUUGGGGUGAUCCCCCAAGGAGUGAUACAUAUAUUGUGUAUAUAUUUACAGCUCUAUUGUAAAAGUGGGGUCCCUGUCCCCAGCUGCUCCUGGGGAGUAGAAGCAAUAAUGUAUUUCUGAUUUGUGGGUCCCACUUCGGCUAUGCGGGUUUCUAGGGGGUGGGGGCUUGGGACCAAAGCCUUGCCCCGCCCCUCUGCCCCUUGGGGGUUUUGGCUGUGUAAGGGGGUGAAGGACUGCCCCUCCCUUCCGAGACCCCUCCUUCCUGGUUUCUGUUCCUUUUUCCUGGCAGUGAAUUAUGCAAAGGGGGCCGGCAAAGGAAGGGUAGGUGGGGGAAAGCCAGGUGGAAGCUUGAAAGACUGGGGGACUGGGCCUGUAAGGAAGGAGCCAUCCCAGUCCCCCUCCGCCCUGCUCCCGGCGCUGAGUCAUGGGGUCGCGGAGAAGAAGGGGGCAGGGUGGCCUGAUUGGCUCGCCCGCCCCUGGGGGCAGUGGAGAGGGGCCCCGCCCAGCUAGGGGAGCCGCUCCGUUCCACUCCCCUCCCUGUCCCUCCCUCCCCGCGGCCCUGGGCAGGGAAUGUCUUGUUCCCGCCGCUCCCUCCCCGGGGCCAGAGGGCAGGGCGGGCCGGGCGGCGUCCUACCCUCUUCUCCUCCCCAUCUCCUCCCCGCCCAGGUGCGAGCCGGAGCCGCCGCCACCGCUGCCGCCCCUGACUCACGCCGCCCCCGGGCUGGCGCAGCGAAGGGUGUGGGACAGGGUGAGGGGUUGGAAGAGCCUUGUGGAGAGCGGGCGAGCCGGCGCCAUCUGGCGGCCAUGCCCUGAGCGGGCGAGCGCCCCCCGCGGCUACUGGAGCGAGCUGUCUUCUCCUCAGCCACCCCAGCUGGUGAGCGGCGCCCCCUUGCCAAGGCAGUGGGCACAGAACUUCUCGCUUGGCCGCAGGGAAAGGGGCUGCGGACCUGUGGGAAAGUGAUCCCCUUCCCAGAUCCUUGCCAGCUGGGCUUCCUGUCAGGCAGGGGAGAAUAAUCCCCUCACUCUUCUCUUAGGAUUGAAUCCACCCCCAUUCUGUACAUAGCCUCUUCUGUUGGUCUUGUUGAAAUCUAGUUUCAGAUUUUUAACUACCCAAUUCUGCUGGGGGUGGGGGACACCCCCCCCUUCCUCGCUGGGUGCUGGACCCCUUUUGCAGCCUGGGCUCUGCCUUGCACUAUUUCCCCUUCCUGGCCUGACGGCUCCUCCCCCUCCUUAAAAGGGGCAGGUUCAGGGGCCCGGUGCUCUUCCUCCCUUCCAUGCACCCCCAUGCCCAUUUGCACAGCUGCCCAGGUACCCCUAACAGUGGGGAGGGGUCACAGGGAGGGGGUAGCGGGACCAGUCCCUGUAUCUAUUUAAAAAGUGAUGAUGUAAUAUAUUGGGGUGGCAGGGAGGUCGGGUUGUCCUGGGCCUCAUCUUAGCAUUUCAGGUGAUGGGGGGAGCCCAGGGCUGGGGAGACCUGGGGCCCAGCCCCAGAGAGUGGGGACAAUGUGGCCUCCUUUCUCCCUACUUUCGGCUUUCCCAGUCAGUGCCUUAGGGGGGAGAGGCACUCCCCCCCUCCUAUUCCCUUCCCCCCAUCCCAACCCCCCGACCAAGGGUGUAAGCGACAGGAAGAAAUAAUAAUAAUUUAAGAUUCACA